GGCUCCGCGCGCGCGGGCGCGGGGAUGGGGCGCGCGCUGCGCGCGCUGUGCGCGCUCUGGGCGGUCACGUGCGCGCUGUGCGCGGCGCGCGAGCGCUUCACGGUGGUGUUCGCCCCCCUCGUGUGCCGGAGGAGCUGCGCACGUGGCCUCUGCCGGGACCGCUGCCAACCGGGGGCCGGCGGAAACACAACCCUGGUCGGGGAGAACCGGAGGGACGGAGACACCCUCACGGCGGCCGGGUUCACUGUGGUUGUUUGCCCCCUGCCCUGCAUGAACGGGGGUCAGUGCAGCUCCCGCUCGCACUGUCUCUGCCCCCCAACCUUCACCGGCCGCUUCUGCCAAGUGCCCACCGGCCGCCAUGGGGCAGCCCCCGUCAUUGCGGACGGGACCGGAACCGGAACCGGAGCGGGGGCACCACCGGACUCACCGCAAGGGGGGGGGCAAGGGGGGGGUCACGGCGGUGGCACCGGGGGGGGGCACGGAGGGGGGCACGUGAGUCACGCGACCUUCGUCGUGCCCCUCGGGCCUGGGCAUCACUCGGAUGAAGUGCAGGUGCCCCCCCCGCUGGUGAACGUGCGCGUGCACCACCCCCCGGAGGCCUCGGUCCAGGUCCACCGGUUGGAGCCGCGCUCAGGCCCCGCCCCCGGCCCUGGCCCCGCCCCUGGCCCCGCCCCCGCGCUCCUGCCGCACCCCUCCCCCCCCCGGCCCCGCACCCACAAACCCCUGGGGCGCUGCUUCCAGGAGACCCUCCCCAAGCACUCGUGCGGCACCAACCCCCUGCCCGGGCUGACGAAGCAGGAGGAUUGUUGUGGGAGCAUCGGCACCGCCUGGGCACAGAGCAAGUGCCACAAGUGCCCCCCCCUGCAGCCCUCGGGGGUGCACAAACCGGUCUCGCUGCGGGGGGAGCUCUCCGGUGACUGUCCCCAGGGCUACAAGCGCCUCAACAACAGCCACUGCCAGGACAUCAACGAGUGCGCCAUGCAGGGGGUCUGUCCGCACGGGGACUGCCUCAACACUGCCGGCAGCUUCCGCUGCUCCUGCCCGGCCGGGCACGCGGCCUCCCGCACACACUGCCUGCCCGACCCCCCCGAGCACCGGGGGCUGUGUUUCCGCCUGGUGCUGCCCCCCCAGCGGUGCCAGCACCCGCUGCCCACGCGGCUGACGCGCCAGACCUGCUGCUGUAGUGUGGGCAAGGCCUGGGGGGGGCGGUGUGAGCGCUGCCCUGCCGACGGCACCGCCGCAUUCAAGGCCAUCUGCCCCGCGGGGAAGGGUUACCAUGUCCUGACCUCGCACCAGACCCUGACCAUCCAGGGCGAGAGCGACUUCACCCUCCACAUCCACCCCGAUGGGGCCCCCCCCCGAGCGGCCCCCCCGGCCCCCCCCGCCUGCGCCCAGCCCCAUGGCCCCCGAUGUGCCCCCGCCCCCAGCCGGCCAUGCUCCCAGCCUUCUGGAGCCACUCGGAGGAGCAGGAGCUGGAGCAGCCCCCGGGGAGCAGCGACCCCCCCCCGGUUCCCUGAGGUCCUGGCCCGCCCCACUGCGGCUGUGCUGUGGCGGGUGAUGGAGCCGCAAACCCGCAGUGCUGCUGAGAUCGCACCCACACAGGUCACAGAGACGGACGAGUGCAAACUGAACCGGAACAUCUGUGGUCCUGGGGAGUGUGUGAUGGGUCCAGGGGGUUACAGCUGCAUCUGCUACCCUGGGUACCGCUGGCACCCGCAGCGCCGCUACUGCACCGACGUGAACGAGUGUGAGGCGGAGCCGUGCGGCGCCGGUCGCGGUGUGUGCAUGAACACCGGCGGCUCCUACACCUGCCACUGUCACCGCGGCUUCCAGCUCAGCCUGCGCCGCGGCCUGCGCUCCUGCACCGACAUCGACGAGUGCUCCAAGGCUGACAUCUGUGGGGACGGCGGCGCCUGUACCAACACCCCUGGGCACUACCAGUGCGAGUGUCUGCAGGGCUACAGGCGGAAGGGGUCCCGGCAGCUGUGCGAGGACAUCAACGAGUGCCUGGAGGUCGGGACCUGCCCCGAGGGCAAAUGUGAGAACCACCCGGGGGGGUUCGUGUGCAGCCCCUGCCCCCCCGGCUACCGCGGCCACAACGGAGCCUGCGUCGAUGUGAAUGAGUGCGAGGGGGGGGGGCUCUGCCCCAACGGCGUCUGCAUCAACACCCCCGGCUCCUACAAGUGCCAGUGCCCCCCCGGGCUGCAGCCGGCCAGGGACCCCCCCCGCUGCCAGGACAUUGACGAGUGUGAGUUCGCGGCCGCCUGUGUGGGGGGGGAGUGUGUGAACACUCCUGGCUCCUUCCGGUGCCUCUGCAGGGCUGGGUACACCCUGCGGCACGGCCGCACCUGCCAGGACAUCGAUGAGUGUGCGCUGGACCCGGGGCUCUGUGCGCCCCAUGGCGCCUGCACCAACCUCGAGGGCUCCUUCGCCUGUCUCUGCCCCCCUGGCUACAGCCCCACGGCCGACCAGCGCGGCUGCACCGCGCGGGCCCCGCCCCCCCCGCGCAAACUGUGUUACCUGAGCCUGGAGGACUCCGUGUUCUGUGACUCUGUGCUGGGCACCAACGUCACCCGGAGCGAGUGUUGCUGCUCACUGGGGGCUGGAUGGGGUGACCAGUGCGAGGUGUUCCCCUGCCCCCUGCCCUCCUCCGCCGAGUUCCUGGCCCUGUGUCCGGAUGGGAAAGGUUUCAUCCAGGACGAGAACGGCCUCGACUUUGGGGUCCCUGCGCACAGAGACAUCGAUGAGUGUGGCCUCUUCGGGCCCGAGAUCUGCAAGGACGGGAAGUGUGUGAACACACAACCAGGCUACGAGUGUUACUGCAAACAGGGCUUCGACUAUGACAGCGGCGUCCUGCAGUGCCUCGAUGUGGAUGAGUGUCUGGACGAGUCCAACUGUGUGGACGGGGCCUGUGAGAACACAAGGGGCUCGUUCCGCUGCUCCUGCCCCCCCGGAACCCGCUACCACCCCCCCCAGCGCCGCUGCCUGCCCCCCCCCGAGCACGAGCGCCCCCCCCCGGCAGCAGCGGUGCCCCCAGAGCGCCCCCUGGCGGCGCGGAGGGACGUGUGCUGGCAGCGGCGGGGGGAGGAUGGGCUCUGUGGGGCACCGCUGGGGGCGGGGCCACUGCCCAUGGACGAGUGCUGCUGCCGGGGGGGGGCGGGGUGGGGGCGGCGCUGCAGGGCCUGCCCCCCCCGCGGAGCCGGUCUCCAGUGCUCGUCCUCACAGAGCGAGAGCAAUUCCUUCUGGGACGUCAGCCCAUUGGGGCUGGGGGGGCCGCGCAGAGGUGAGGAGAGCUCGGAGGAGGACUCCACCGAGUGCCCGUGCCCUGGGGGGGGGGGGCUCUGCCUCCGGCCCAUCCCAGGCUGGGGCUGCGACUGCCCCCCCGGCUACCAGCCCGACCCGACCCGGAGCCGAUGCCUGGACAUUGACGAGUGCCGUGACCCGUCUCGCUCCGCCCUCCGGUGCCGCCCGGACCGGGAGCGCUGCGUCAACACCAGCGGCUCCUUCCGCUGCGCCUGCAAGGCCGGCAGUGCGCGUGCGCGGCCGCACGGGGGCCUCUGCGUGCCCCAGCGCCGCUGACCCCCCCCCCCAAUGAACGAGAGAGACACAGC